AUCUGUCAAGUUUACUUUCGCUAUUUUUGUUUUGUAAAAUUGAAUUUUAGGUAAUAAAAUACACAAAAAUUAACAAAAUGAAUGUGAUACAAGCAGUUAAAAUGUACAUAACCAAAAUGACGGAGGAAAGCGGCCCCGGAAUGAAAGUAAUACUUAUGGACAAGGAGACUACCAGUAUAAUAAGCAUGGUAUUUAGCCAAUCGGAGAUUCUCCAGAAGGAGGUAUAUCUUUUCGAACGUAUCGACAAUAUCAGCAAAUGGGACAACAUGAAGCACAUGAAAUGUAUUGUGUUUGUGCGACCGACGUCAGAAAAUGUAGCUCUGCUGUCCAGAGAGCUGAGGCAUCCAAAAUAUGGGGUUUAUUUUAUAUACUUCAGUAACGUGAUCUCCAAGUCAGACGUGAAGACGUUGGCGGAGUGUGACGAGCAGGAGACAGUGCGUGAGGUGCACGAAGUGUUUGCGGACUACCUGGCCGUGGAUCAGCAUUUGUUCUCGUUCAAUAUCGUUGGCUGUAUGAAUGGUCGUUCCUGGAACCAGAACCACCUCCAGCGCUGUUCUCAAGGCCUCCUAGCGCUCCUGCUCUCUCUCAAGCGUCGCGCCGUCAUCCGCUACGACGCCGCAUCAGACGGCUGCACUCGUCUAGCGGAGAGACUUAGAGACCUGCUGCGGAGGGAGGCAGCGUUGAUAGAUAAUAACGUGCCUGUCACCGGAGACGUGCCUACGCCUAUCGUGCUGAUACUGGAUAGGAUGGAUGACCCGGUCACUCCGCUGUUGAACCAGUGGACAUACCAGGCGAUGGUGCACGAGCUGUUAGGGCUGCACAACAACCGCGUGAGCCUGCCGCAAGCACAGCAGGACUUGCGUGAGGUAGUCCUGGCUUCGGAGCAGGACGAGUUCUACGCUAAGAACCUGUACUCCAACUUCGGCGAGAUCGGGCAGACGAUGAAGCUAUUAAUGGACGAGUUCCAGAAGAAAGCCAAGAGCCACCAGAAGGUCGAGACCAUCGAGGAUAUGAAGAACUUCGUCGAGCAGUACCCGCUGUUCAAGAAAAUGUCAGGAACAGUGACGCGCCACGUGACAGUGGUAGGCGAGUUAUCGGCGUUGGUAGCGCAACACAACCUGUUAGACGUUUCUGAGUUGGAGCAAGAAAUCGCCUGCCAGAGCGACCACGCCAAGCAUUUACAGCGAAUCAAGGCGCUCCUCGCCAACGAAUCGGUUCGUCACCACGACGCGCUCAAGCUCGUACUUCUCUACGCACUGCGCUACCACACACAUGCAAGCAACGCGCUACCGUCACUGCUGCAGGCGCUAGCAGCCCGUCAGUGCCCCGAGCCCAAGGACGCGACGCCACGCUACAGGACGCGACGCGACGCUACAGGACGCGACGCGACGCUACAGGACGCGACGCGACGCUACAGGGAGCGACGCGCUACCGUCACUGCUGCAGGCGCUAGCAGCCCGCCAGUGCCCCGAGCCCAAGUGAGUGACGCGCUACAGGACGCGACGCGACGCUACAGGACGCGACGCGACGCUACAGGACGCGACGCGACGCUACAGGACGCGACGCGACGCUACAGGACGCGACGCCACGCUACAGGACGCGACGCGACGCUACAGGACGCGACGCGACGCUACAGGACGCGACGCGACGCUACAGGGAGCGACGCGCUACCGUCACUGCUGCAGGCGCUAGCAGCCCGCCAGUGCCCCGAGCCCAAGACGCGACGCGACGCUACAGGACGCGACGCGACGCUACAGGACGCGACGCGACGCUACAGGGAGCGACGCGCUACCGUCACUGCUGCAGGCGCUAGCAGCCCGCCAGUGCCCCGAGCCCAAGUGAGUGACACGCUACAGGACGCGACGCGACGCUACAGGACGCGACGCGACGCUACAGGGAGCGACGCGCUACCGUCACUGCUGCAGGCGCUAGCAGCCCGCCAGUGCCCCGAGCCCAAGACGCGACGCGACGCUACAGGACGCGACGCGACGCUACAGGACGCGACGCGACGCUACAGGGAGCGACGCGCUACCGUCACUGCUGCAGGCGCUAGCAGCCCGCCAGUGCCCCGAGCCCAAGUGAGUGACGCGCUACAGGACGCGACGCGACGCUACAGGACGCGACGCGACGCUACAGGACGCGACGCGACGCUACAGGACGCGACGCGACGCUACAGGGAGCGACGCGACGCUACAGGACGCCAGUGCCCCGAGCCCAAGCGCGUGCUGCUGGCGCUGGAGCUGUGGGCGGCGCGCGCGCGCAGCGAGCGGCUGUUCCGCGCCAUGACGCCGCACUCCAUCACCAAGCGGCUGUUCCAGGUCAGUUCCGAUGGUCAGGGCUCCAUAGCACAGCAGGCCCCGCCCUGGCAGGGAGCCUCACACAACCCACGGGUCACUCCGGGCAGCGAGCGGCUGUUCCAGGUCAGUUCCGCUGGUCAGGGCUCCGUAGCACAGCAGGCCCCGCCCUGGCAGGGAGCCUCACACAACCCACGGGUCACUCCGGGCAGCGAGCGGCUGUUCCGCGCCAUGACGCCGCACUCCAUCACCAAGCGGCUGUUCCAGGUCAGUUCCGCUGGUCAGGGCUCCGUAGCACAGCAGGCCCCGCCCUGGCAGGGAGCCUCACACAACCCACGGGUCACUCCGCGCAGCGAGCGGCUGUUCCGCGCCAUGACGCCGCACUCCAUCACCAAGCGGCUGUUCCAGGUCAGUUCCGAUGGUCAGGGCUCCAUAGCACAGCAGGCCCCGCCCUGGCAGGGAGCCUCACACAACCCACGGGUCACUCCGGGCAGCGAGCGGCUGUUCCAGGUCAGUUCCGCUGGUCAGGGCUCCGUAGCACAGCAGGCCCCGCCCUGGCAGGGAGCCUCACACAACCCACGGGUCACUCCGGGCAGCGAGCGGCUGUUCCGCGCCAUGACGCCGCACUCCAUCACCAAGCGGCUGUUCCAGGGGUUGAACGGCGUGGAGAACAUCUACACGCAGCACACGCCCGUGCUCAAGGAUACUCUUGAAGACCUCAUCAAGGGCAAGCUGCGAGAGAACCUCUACCCCACGCUUGGAGGCGACGACUCCGGCUACGGGCGGCGCCCUCAAGACAUUAUAGUCUUCAUGGUGGGCGGGACCACCUACGAGGAGGCUCUCUCAGUCCACCAGGUCAACCAGGCCUACCCUGGCGUCAGGGUGGUGCUAGGAGGCACUACCAUACACAACUCGACGAGCUUCUUCGAGGAGGUCCAGGCUGCGAUGCAAGGUGUCCAUAGAACGCAUACCAGGCAUAUUAAGAAUGUUUAAGGCUGGGUUGCACCAUCUUACUUUAACUUUGACAAAUGUCAAAAAUCUGUCAAACUUCAUACAAAAAACACUGGUUAUCGUUAUAGUUACGGUCAAAGUUGGGUAGUGCAACUCAGUCUAAGUGUAUGGUAGUUAGAAAUCGUGAAUGUAUUAUGGACUAUGGAAAGCACAGUCGAGCUAUUACGAGAGGCAACGUAUCGUAUCGUGGUACAGUCAGCGUUGAAGAGUUCGUGACGCCCAUUGUGGCCAAAAACCUUAUUCCAAUGUAAUAAAGACGUGUUGCGAACUUUUUGACUUUUUACUUUGGGGCUAGAUGGCGCUGUGUGAAAUUGUCCAAAGAUAUUUAUUUUUGGCUACUUUGGGUGUCACGAACUCUUUGACGCCGACUGUAAUAUAAAUAUAUCUUUAUUUUCUCAUCACACAAUCAGCCGGACUAGGGUGUGCGCCGUGAUAAAAUCUUAUUGAUGAAUUUAGACGACAAAUGUAUGGACUUAUCGCGUAAACUCGAUAAAAUGGUGCGAUUAAAGCUUAUCGCGGCGUAUUCUGUUGUGUGACUGAUUCAUAUGCUAGUUAUUAUAUCCAGUUAAGAAAACAUACAAUAAUUGAUGUUUAAUUUUUUUCCACGAUAGAUUAUAACGUGUCGAUCAAUGCCAAAUGAAUUAUUUUUGUUUAAAGUUCCAAUGAAUUAUUUGUGAAAUAUUAAACCUUAUUUUGAGUAUUGAAAAAGUAUGUCAAGUUGCAUUCCAUUCGUGUAAAUGUUCAUUGUUACAUUGAAUAUCGUGUAUUAUUAUUUUGCCAGAGGUGUUUGAGUGAUGAGUGUACAGUGUGAUUAAUUUAUUUGUUAAUAUUAAGUUAAAGUUAUUUAUGUAUUAUUUUAUGGAAAUAUAAAUUGUGAUUAUUCAAGAAGUUAA